AAAAAAUGGUGGAAUGAAGAAACUAAAAAAAUAAAACUUGACAAAAUUUAUCAAAAUCAGGGAAUUGUGAUUAUAAUCAGUAAAUAUUUAAAUCCACCUUUAGGAUCUGUAUUAUCCAAUCAUGGCUAUCCCAAAGACUGGAAAGGCCUAUAUUCUAGAGCAGCUGAAGAUGCAGACUUUAAACUUGUAGACUUUAAAAAUGUGGAGUGUGCAGGGGAUAAGUGCGCUAAAAUAUUCGAUUUAUGGUUUCAUGCACAGUUCACGGAUAAACCAACAUUUUUUGACUUAUUGGAUCUUUUACAUAAAAUGGAGAGAUACGAUCUGCUAGAUGAUGAUCAAUUCAAAACACCUAUGUGUAGAGCUAUUGAGAAACAUUUGAAGAGAUUAGAACAGGAGAAACAACCUGAAGUUCUGUACAUUAAUCAACCUGUACAGGAUCCUAAAAUAGAUAGCUCUGAGUGUGAGCCUGAGCUAGUAGUGCCUGUUGAUGAUAUGCUGUUUGCUGUAGGGGAUACACCAGAAAGAAAACAGCACUUUGAUGCCUAUGUGAGCUACCACGAGGAUGACUUGGAUUUUGUGCUUCAGUUGAUCCAAAAACUGGAAAAAGAAAAUGGCAAAAAGCUUUUCAUUCCGGAUAGAGAUCUCAGAACUAGUGGUAACUUCAGAACAGUCGUCACUGCAGAACUUAUGGAGAAAAGGUGCUCACGUGUGGUGAUUGUUCUCUCAGAGAAGUGGAAGCUGUCUCCAGAGUGCCAGUUCCAGGUCAAGUUUGCUCAGGCCCUGUCUAAUGGCCAUGUCAAGAACAAGGUGAUUGUACCAAUACGUAUGACUGACAAAGAUGAUACUCCACUGGGACGCUAUUUUUGCAACCUAGAUUAUUACAAAAUGAAAGGUAACCCAACGACAGAAGAUUGGUUCUGGAAGCGUGUUUUGGAUGUGUUUGAAAUUCAACCUGUGCAGAUAUCUGUUCAGCUGCCAAAAAAUGUCUGGAAGAAGACAUUCAGCAGGACAGUUAAUCGAAAAAUUCGAGCAAUUCUUACUCCAUUCUCUAGCACAUCUUCAUCAAGUAGUUCGAGUCAAAUGAGUGAUGUAUCUUCUAAAAGCAAUACAUCAUUUGACAGAUCUGAAGAGAGCACAUCUGUAUAG